CGGGUCUUGCCGCGACACUCUGCUCGUCCGUCAUCUCGUCGGCAAGAGCUAACUACCUACCUAAUAAUCCAUCUCGACUUUAUCAAGGACGACCAGAUCGCAUGGUUUCUGGCCUACCACACAACCAACCAUGCAUCUCUCCCUAGCCUACUCGCUCCUAGCAUGCGCUGCCACGGCAGUGCAUGCCUUCUCCGACUCAUCGCCCUUCAUCCUUUUCUCGACUUCAAGAUUCCCCUCGCCGCCCAAAAAUGACCAGCUCCAGACCAGCUCCCAGGUCCUCGCCUCCGCGACAGACAUCCUCUCGUCCUGCCCGACGGAGCGCUACCUGCUCGUCUCGCAGCCCAACGCCCACGCGGCCGACAUCCGCGCCGGCACAGCCAGCCCCUGCAACAUGCCGAACCUGUGCCGCGCGAUGGCGAGCGACAGCGUCCGCGGCCGGUUCGGCGUCGCCGAGGUCGUCGGCAGCGUCGAGUCGGGCUCGCUGGCCGGGGCCGUCAGGGCGGCGUGCCUGGGGGCGGGGAAGGAGGCCCGCGUCCAGGAGGUCGCCCUCCCGGACCUGCCGGGGCUGGAGGAGGAGGCGAAGAGGAAGGAGGUGCUGGCUGAUAAUGGUAGGUGGUUUGUGGGUGGUGUGAAGACGUUUUUCUUUUCUUUUUCGGUGCUGACCUUGUGGCUGUUGAUAGACUAUGACUUGGGCCAGCUGCUGGAGAAGCUGGAUGGGGAUUACACCGUCUUGCUCUUCUCCGACCGGAAUGAGUUGGCUACUUACGAGCCGAGCUUUGUUGAGCCGGUACAUAUAGACCUCAAGCGGCAGACGGGUCCGGUUUUCGUUGGGAGGAGAGCCGAUAACUCGACUAAUAACCUACCUCUCUUCGAGAAGUAUCAGUUCUUUACGCCAGGGAUCUUCAUGGUCAUUAUUACCGUCAUCAUCCUGCUGUCGAUUCUUGGUGUUGGCCUCAGGGCUUUGGCGAGCCUCGAGGUUUCCUACGGCGCGUUCGACAAAGACAUGGGGCCUGCUGCCCAGAAGAAGCAGUUCUGAAACUGCCCCAGUAACAGGGCUGGAUUGUGACCUUUAUCUGGACCGGGCAUAAUGUACCAUAGCAUCAGGGUUGGAGUUUGUUUUUAAUCGGCGUGGACAUGGGAAUCUGCUGCCUAUAUAUCGAGUCUGGGAGAUCAUUUUACAGAUCAUUUACUCGACGCUUUCAACUGUGUUGGGUCCCAGUGAGCCCUAUAAGAAUGGGGUAUAACAAAUGCUUUUUGCCUUAC